CAGUGUUAUGCAAUCAAUGGAAGCUGACACCAGUGGAAACUCUUCUCCAACCCAACCAAAAUGGAAAAAAGUAGCACAUGGAGGAAUGCAACCUGGAUUUGAUGAUAAUCACACUGACGAGUCCUUCCUUGCAGAUUUGAUUUCCAAAUCUGUAUUUGGCUGCCUUCUUCUUCCAGUUCGCCUCUGCCUUCUUAAUCUCCCUCUUCGAUAUUUUGAUUGCUGCACCGCACCACAGCUGACGUCUCCAUGGCUGUGUCUUAUCCGCUGCGAUCACGGCCAAUCCUGGCCUCCAGAAAGCAAAGACCACACCUCAUAGGUUAUUUGACAAUAAAUAGCUCAUUUACAAUGUGAGAGACAUUAAACAUAAAAUAAUAAUUUAUACCUCUAGGUAGGUAAUAUAUAUAUUUAGUAUUAUUUAAUAUAUUUAUUGAGGAGGUAUUUUUGACUAAGAUGCUGCUAUACAUACAUAGUCAGUCAGCCGAGUCAAUCUAUAAAUUUAUUAUUAUUGAUGAAUUUCCAGCAUCAUCAAAAUACCUUCCUUAAAACUAAAUGAAAAUAAAAAUGUAAGCUACACUUAUAUAAACAUAUUUACAAACAAACAGAAGUAAAUUAAACAUGCCUGAAUAAACAUAACUGAAUCAUCAUGUAUGUCUAAAUUAAAAAAAAAAAUACUUUUUUUAUAAAUAUUUGUUUUGUGAUAUUUAAUGAUAAGAUUUUAUUUUUCUUUGAUAAAAUUUAAAUAUGAAAAAAUCUUGAUAUAAUGAUAAAAUUAUUUUUAAAUUUAUGAGUGCAAAUACUAUUAGCAACUUAUAGUUAUUUUUUUGAGUUUUUAAAAUAAAAUAGAUAAAAAAUAUUUUAAGAAUUUAAAUUUUUGUUAACAUAAGUUUAUGUUUACUAAUAUAUAUAUAUAUAUAUAUUAUAGAAUAGAAUAGAAUGGAAGAAUAAAUAACAUACAAAAUUCUAAUAUUUAAAGAAAGACUUUUAAAUUUUAAUAAUGUUAAAUGUAAAAUUAUUGAUUUUAAUAUGUUUUCGUUGUUUUUCGAAUAGUCUUCGAGUUAAAAAAAAAAAGGGGAAAAAGAAAAACCUAACGAAAAGCACUUGAAAGAAACAGAGGAAGUGCUUCAAUUGGCGGGGGAGCGUAGUUGCAACGGAGCGCGGUGGUGGAAUUGACACUGGUGAGAGGUGGAUUUCAAUUCCACACCAAAUCCUCUAGAGCUCAUCUCUUGAAGGUUCCAACAAUUGGUGGCAAGAGAUAUCUUCAAAUCUUAAGACCCUCUAGUUUAGAUAUUGCGCAACAUAUCUCUUUCUAUCUCUGAUUUCAAUUGGGGUGCUUUUGUUUUUCGCUAUCGUCGACUGGGUUUUAAGGAUUUUGUCGAAUUCGUGGAUGCCAAGAUGAUGCAACCUACGAGGGUUGUUCACCAGGAGGAAGAAGAAGAGGAGGACCAAAAGUUUGUUUCCAAGAAAGACGCUCCCCUUUCCAAUUCUAGAGAUGGGAAGAACAAUGACAAGGCUAGUGCCACGCGCUCGAAGCAUUCUGUUACCGAGCAGCGGCGGAGGUGCAAGAUAAAUGAGAGAUUUCAGAUGUUGCGGGAUCUCAUACCUCAUAGUGAUCAGAAAAGAGAUACAGCAUCAUUCUUGUUGGAGGUGAUUGAGUAUGUCCAAUACUUGCAAGAAAAGGUACAGAAGUAUGAGGGAUCAUAUCAAGGGUGGAGUUCAGAGCCUACAAAGCUGACGCCAUGGCGAAAUAGCCACUGGCGCGUCCAGAGUUUUUCUGGACAUCCACAGGGAACAAAGAAUGGUUCUGGUGGUUCAGUGUUUGCUGGGAGAUUUGAUGAUAGCAACAUCAGUAGUCCUCCAGCCAUCCAUCCAAACCAACAGAAUCCCAUUGAAUCUGAUUCUGGUAGGGAUACCUCUGGGAAAACAGUGGAUGAAUUAGCAAACAAAUCUGUAGGCAUUCCCAUCCCUUUGCAAGUGAGUGUGCCCACUUCUAUCCAAGGUGCUUCUGCUCUUCUCCAUCCUGUCCCGAGACCAUUUUCUGAUGCACAAUCAACUGAAAGUCCAGUCACCACUGAUAGCUUAAAUCAACAAGAGGAUUUGAUCAUUGAAGGGGGAUCAAUCAGCAUAACAAGUGUUUACUCUGAAGGGUUACUUAAUAAUCUGACUCAAGCACUGCAGAGUGCGGGUAUUGAUCUAUCCCAAGCCACUGUCUCAGUUCAGAUUGAUCUAGGGAAGCGAGCAAAUAGAGGACUGACACCCGGUGUAUCCAUUCAUAAGGAUCCUGAGAAUACUACUCUUUCUGGUCAACCGAUGGGCCAUUUUAGGGAUGAUGUAAGGAAUGGUGAGGGUGCAGAUCAAGCGCAAAAGAGGCUAAAGAUUUCAUUUUGUGAGGGUGUAAUUGUUGAUUACCUGAAAGAUGGUCGGAAUCUGUCUACCCUCUGCUCUGCACCAACUAAAAGGAGGAAGAAGUAGAAGAAGAUUUUAUCCGCAAACUGCACAUUGGGCUUUGCUUCCGGCUGCCAUUUCUUCACCAUCCUGGAACACAACCGCAAUUGACAAUUCUUUGAGCAUAUAUAGAUAUGGCAAACGGAUGCUUGGUGGAAGGAUACAUUCUCUGUACGAACUAUAAAAAUUAAUUUUGUUGAAAAAUAAAUACUAGAAAGAGAUUUUCAUUAGUCUAAUGCGAAAAAGAUGACCAAACUUGGAACUUC